GUGGGGGUAUACGACUUGGGGCCCCGGACCCGGCGGGCCCCCGGGUGGCGAAGGCGAAAGUGUGCCGCGUAUAUAAGGCCAGGAAUCGACGGCAAUCAGCAUCCAGUUCACUCCUGGACGCACCCGGAACAUCGUGAGAGCAAAAAUGAGAAUCCUGGUUUACGUGGCAGUUGCCGCCAUCGUGGUCGCGACAGUGCUGUCGGAGGAGACCGCGAAAGUGGAGAAAUCGGUAGACAAGUCCGAGAAGAAGCAAGAGAAGCGAGGGCUGUUGGGUCUUGGCUACGGCUACGGCUAUGAUGGCGGAUACGAUAUUGGAUCCGGUGGACACAUCGGCCUUGAUGUAGGCGGAUACGGCGGACACGGAUACAGCGGAUACGGCGGACACGGAUACGGCGGAUACAUUGGCGGAGGAUACAUCGACGGUGGUCAUCAUCACGAACACGUAAAGACCGUGACCGUUGUGAAGAACGUCGCCGUGCCUUACCCCGUGGAGAAGCACGUGCCCUAUCCGGUAGAGAAGCCCGUACCGGUUCCCGUCAAAGUGCCCGUACCGCAGCCGUACCCAGUUGAGAAGCACGUGCCUUACCCAGUCAAGGUCCUCGUCAAGGUGCCCGUACACGUGCCCCAGCCAUACCCGGUGGAGAAGAAGGUUCCCUACCCGGUGCACGUACCGGUCGACCGCCCCGUCCCGGUCAAGGUCUACGUACCGCAGCCUUAUCCCGUUGAGAAACACGUUCACGUACCGGUAAAAGUACUAGUGCCGCAGCCGUACCCCGUCGAGAAACCAGUUCCGGUACCGGUGAAGGUCCCAGUCCACGUACCCCAGCCCUACCCGGUCGAGAAGCUCGUACCCUAUCCCGUCAAAGUCCUGGUCGACCGUCCCAUCCACGUGCCUGUGCCCAAGCCCUACCCCGUGCACAUCGAGAAGCCUGUGCCUGUGCCAGUCGAGAAGCCGGUACCCUACCCCGUCAAGGUCCCAGUUGACAGGCCGUACCCCGUCCACAUUGAGAAGCCUGUGCCAGUCGCGGUCAAAGUACCAGUACCGCAUCCGUACCCAGUCGAGAAGCCAGUACCUUACCCGGUGGAGAAACCCGUGCCGGUAGCAAUCAAGGUCCCAGUCGACAGGCCGUACCCCGUUCACAUCGAGAAGCCUGUGCCCUACCCCGUGGAGAAGCCCGUGCCCUACCCGGUUAAAGUGCCGGUAGCUGUGCCCGUCCAUCACGAGCACCACGGCGGCUACUACAGCGGUGGAUACGGCGGUGGAUACGGCGGUGGAUACGGCGGUGGAUACGGCGGUGGAUACGAGGGUGGCGACAUUGGUCACCACCACUACGGUGACCACUACGGCCACCACUAAUAUCGCUACCUCCCGGUUGGUUCUCCAUCGUCGUCGCCCAACAAAUCUCAUCAGCGACGACGACGGAUAACUGCGAGGACCUUGUCUUAGGUUACGAAGGUUACCGAUCCGAAACGUUGCCGUGCGGCGCAACGAUAUCCGCCACUUUGUACCUGGAUCGGGAUCGGGGACGGUAUCCGGUAGACGAUCGCAAAUAUCGGGCCAUCGUACCUUUGAAUCCGAUCGCAACGAGAACGCGGCACGGCGACGUGUGCCAGUUAGGAAGAACGAAUGACCAGUAGGGAUGUACUCGUCUUUAGCGAUCUUCUCGCUCGAGAGCAGCUCGCUUGUCUUACUUUUGUACCGAUAUUAGCAAAGUAUAUGUAUUUUUUUACAGAAAACGAAAUAAAUAUUAAUAUAAAGUACUUGUA